CACAAUAAAGUUUAGUGCUGGACGCUUGCAGGCAGUAGGCGCAAAACCAGAGCCGCUCUAUACCGUCGCUGCGCUGCGCUUUUCCCCACACACGGAGUUAUAUUAACGAGAAUCAAACCAAGAGGGGACUCCAGGAUUUAUCAAAAUGAUUUUUUUUAACUGAAAACGCGCGCUUUCGAUUACGCACAGAUCUCGCAAUGCUCCACCGCUGCUGAUUUCUGGAUAUUUGAAUCUCCUGAAUGGCUCAGAGUUGGAUACUGUAGCCUCCGAGAACGCACGGACUACACGCGCUCCUGGACUACAAACGCGUCCUGCUGGGGUCUCCAAGGCGACCUAAGCUGUUGUUUUAGGAGGUAACCACUGUGCCAACAAGUUGACAAGAGGGCAGCGCCAAGGUGACCAUGCCCGGGAUGAUGGUGUCAACCCUGCUCCUCCUGUCCGGAUUGGUGGGUCCGCUGUGCGUGGCGGUGGUGACGGCGUUCGGCGACGAGGUGGAGGAGAUGACCUGCGACCCGAUCCGGAUCAGCAUGUGCCAGGGUCUGGGUUACAACGUCACCAAGAUGCCCAACCUGGUCGGCAACGUGCUGCAGUCGGACGCGGAGCUGCAGCUGACCACGUUCACGCCGCUCAUCCAGUACGGCUGCUCCAGCCAGCUCAAGUUCUUCUUAUGCUCAGUUUAUGUGCCAAUGUGCACGGACAAGGUUCCCAUCCCCAUCGGUCCAUGUGGCAGCAUGUGUCUGUCUGUCAAGAGAAAAUGCCUCCCUGUGCUCAAUGAGUUUGGCUUCAUCUGGCCUGAGGUGCUUAACUGCAGCCUUUUUCCUCCUCAAAACGACCACAACCACAUGUGUAUGGAGGGUCCGGGGGAUGAGGACACGCCCUACCCACAGGUCCGCCAUCCUCCCCACCAGGAGGAGUGUCAGGCCCUGGGAUCUGCACCGGACCAGUACACCUGGUUUAAACAGACCGAGAGCUGCACUCUGCAGUGUGGUUAUGACAGCGGGCUCUACCGGCGAGGAGCCAAAGUCUUCACAGAUGCAUGGAUGGCGGUUUGGGCUGUGCUGUGCUUCCUGUCAACCACUCUGACAGUCCUGACCUUUCUCUUGGAUUCACAGCGUUUCUCCUACCCUGAGAGGCCCAUCAUCUUUCUCUCCAUGUGCUGCAAUCUGUACAGCGUUGCCUACCUGGUACGACUCACUCUUGGGAGGGAACGAGUUUCCUGUGACCUGGAUGCAGCAGCGGUGCCAAUUCUGGUACAAGAAGGAUUAAAGAGCACCGGCUGUGCUAUAGUCUUCCUUCUCCUCUAUUUCUUUGGCAUGGCCUCCUCACUCUGGUGGGUGAUCCUGACUCUCACCUGGUUCCUGGCUGCUGGACUGAAGUGGGGCCAUGAGGCUAUUGAAAUGCACAGCUCCUACUUCCACAUAGCAGCCUGGGCCAUCCCAGCUGUUAAAACCAUCGUCAUCCUCAUCAUGAGGCUGGUGGAUGCAGACGACCUGACUGGGCUGUGUUAUGUUGGCAACCAGCAGCAGGAGGCCCUCACAGGCUUUGUGGUGGCACCUCUGGCCACAUACCUUCUCAUAGGCACUCUGUUCAUCUGUGCAGGCCUUGUGGCUCUUUUCAAGAUCCGCUCCAAUCUGCAGAAGGACGGUGCCAAAACAGACAAGCUGGAGCGUUUAAUGGUGAAGAUCGGAGUGUUUUCCGUUCUUUACACUGUCCCAGCAUCCAUUGUCAUUGGCUGUUACUUCUACCAGCUCUCUCACUGGGGGGAGUUCAGGGCCAGCACCCGGGACUCAUACGUGGCAUCAGAGAUGCUUCGAAUCUUCAUGUCACUGCUUGUUGGCAUCACAUCAGGCAUGUGGAUCUGGUCAGCAAAAACCCUCCACACCUGGCAGCGCUGCACUGCCCGCCUGCUCAGAGACAGCAAGGCCAGCCGGGGUGGCAAGAGAGCACCGGGCGAAGGCUGGAUCAAACCAGGGAAAGGCAAUGAGACAGUGGUUUGAGGAGAAAGAAAGAGAGAAUAGACAGGAAUGAAGUUCUGCGAGCUUCUCUCUCGUUCACACUCGCUCUGCCAAACGAAGGAUGAAGGUCAGAGAUUCGAGAGAUGAGAGGGAGAUUAAAAAAAAAAAUGUGACACAGGACUUUCUCAAAGAAGCCACUGGAUGUAAUAGCUCCCUAACAGUCCCUGACUCUGUGCCUCUAACAGGGGUUCAGAAGGAGAAAAGAAGAGGACUAAGUCAUUCAGUAGUAGCAGCAGUAGCCUCUCUACCUCUGUUAGACUUCCUUUGCCCAGAGAGGUGGAGAAAGCAAAAAAAAAAAAGAAUGAAGAAAAAGAGAGACGGAAAAGGCAGAACAGACGCAUCAAUAUGCAGACCGGACACACCAAUAAGCUGCAUGGCACCAUGUCUACCUCUCUGUCUCUCUUUUCUCCAGAGCCCUCAGCAGAAGAGACUGAACCUGCUGGAUACAGUAAACCCUAAAGCCUUGGGGUCCUUCAAGGGUCUUUUGAAGUUUUAAAUGUAAACACUGGAGCAGAUGUUAUACAGGAGUAGGCUGAAGUUUCCCAAAAGUAUUGGACACCUUGAAAACCCCUUCCACAGUGAGAUUAGACAAUACAUAAUCUGACUAAUGGUACGUGUCCUCAGGGGCCUUUUUGGACGUGAAGGGUUGCGAGGGACGCACCUGACUUCCAUAAAGUAGUCUAGACUUCAACUUUAUGGAAAUAAGAACCGGCAAACCUGACACUGUCUCUUGAAAUGCAACAUGACGCUACCAGAAUGCAUUGCACAGCUGCUUACAUAGGAAAUGACAGAUCCUGUGGACACGUACCAUAACUGUCAGGAAAAUCGGAAAUAUUGCCUUAUGUCUGCAAUUUCUUUACAUUUGAACAACAUUUUGAUGCAUUUUUAGGAAUAGUACCUUUUGUACAAUACAAAAGAGGAUGUCAUAUUUUUUCGGGAAACCAGCUCUAAGCUGUAAUAAUGCACUAUAGUUAUAUAAUAUGUGAAGGGUUGAGACAGCAGUGGUGGGACUGAUAGCAAAUCAGUAUACAGCACAUUAAUACGCACAGCCAUUAACAGGGAAAGCUUGGUCAGUUGUCAGUAUGAAUACUACAGGAAAAUCAUUUUGUAGUCUUCAAACAUGUAAAAAUCUGUUGCACUCGUAAUGUGAUGACAACACAGUGAGAGAUUAUGUGUGAGGUAGUCAAACUAUGCUAUGAAUCCCGGGAGUACCAGCUGUGCCUUUUAUUGCUGCACAUUUGGAAUCACUGAGGCAUCUGGGAAAUGUAGGUCUUCAGCAGUCAAUGGAAUCCAGGAAACUGAAUUAUUCCCUCUGCUCUUUUCCAAACAUUGGAACCGCGGCAGGUUAAAGAAUUAGACGCUAUUAGACAAUCAGUUUCCAAAAUACACAUUUUGCAAAAGCAAAGGGCUGCCACAGCUUGUGCACAUACACAUUACUCUGUAAAGGUUUUGGGGCCUGAGUAUAACAAGGUUUCAAAAUGAUGCCACCAAUAGUUGUUUUUUCUUUAUUUAACUUGUUAUGAAGUGCAGUAAACAGCAAAAAAUAAAAGCAAUAUUUGGUGUGGCCACCGUUUGCCGCAAAAAUGACACGAGUUCUCCUAAGUAUAUUUGUACAAAGUUUUUUGAGGCACUCCUCAGGUUGUUGCAGCCUUCUUGGAGAACUUGCCACAUGUCUUCUGUGGAUUUAUUCCAUCUCCACUGCUUCUGUCUCUUUGUAUUACCCUAAGCUGUGUCCAUGAUGCUGAGAUCAGAGCUCUGACAAUACUUUUUGUCACUGAAAAUACUUCUUUAUGACUCUAGUUGUAUGUUUCGAGCUGCUGUCAUGCUGCAUUUAUCCCCUGCCAUCCUUGGUGUUUUUAACCUCAUCUAAUACAUCACGGCUCAUUUCCCAGACAAUCAAGCCCUCCCUGGAACAGAGUUAUGGACAUUACUCUUAAAAUUUCAUGAAUGAUGGGACGAGAUCUCCAUUUAUUGUCUCUAGCGUUGCAUUUUAACAGAAGGCCUUUCCCACCACUUCAAUCUUGCAGUUCUUCUCAAUAACUGUAAGCUUUAAAUACAAGAAGUUCCCAGUCCUGUCUUAUCCUGCCUUACUGCUGCAUUCACCAAAUUCUGCUCCUGUGUACCGAAUAUUUGCCUGACAAUCUAUCCAGCAAAGCUCUUGCGUUUCAGUGAGUCUUUGUAUGUAUAAUACAUGUGAUGUGUGUCACAAUGCGCCUUCUGUAUUUCAAUAGAAUAAGGAAUAAUGUCAUUUUGAAAAACUGAAAUGUAGAGCUUGAAUAAUUCGGAGCGUUGUCCUCCUGUGUGUCAUCUGUAACCAGGUAGUGCCUCAUACAGCCCGUCACAUCUAUUUUUUAGCUCAAUGUUUAGAGUGGGACAGAAAAUCACUGUGAGGUUGUCUUUUCCCAAAAAUAUGUUAAAUAUAACUGUUUCUGCAUUCAGAGGUGCUCUUGGUGGUUCUGGUGAAACCUAGAACCCUGAAAAAAAACUGUUUCUCAAACCAGCAUACGUUGGCACACGUAUUAAAUUUCCAAAGUCAAACAAACAUUACAUUCACUGUAAGUGAAUUAAAUUAACCUCUGACCACCUCCCCUCUGAGCUGAUGUAGUUUUUCCCUCCAACUGUCUUAAUGUUUUGGCUGUCUCCACUCAUAUGACCACACUGAGUUUCAGGUGUCAUUUCCAAACAAUCACAGAAUGUGCCUUGAAACACAGCAAGUGUGCUCCACGCCUAAAGACUGAGGACCACUGGUGAUGCAGAUUUUGUAAACGCUUUUUGAGGAACCCAGAUUUGAAUCACUGCCGGGAUCAGUUCACCAACACUGAUCGUAGCCUUUAAGGUCUAGACUCCUCCCUCCAUUAGUAAACUGAUUGUUUUGACAAUGUCAUCAAUGUAUUAUAAAGAGAUUGCUAAUUUAUCCAUGUAAAGAAAAAACGUGACAAAAAAUUUUAAAACUUGUUAUUUAAAAAAAACACUUUUGUAUCAGAAGAAGAUGAAUAAAAACUUUUUGGUUUCCAA